UGUCCGGAUUAAACAUCUAUUUCAUCCUCCAAAUAUGCUCCCACACCGACACGUACUUCUUCAUUUAUUCUCUUUCAAUUACAUUAUUCUUCUUCUCCAAAUACAAAAUGGGGGUAUGUAUUAGCCACGAGUAUUCAAAACCAAAUGCAGAGCAAGCUGAAAUUCUUCAAGAUUUUUCAAAAUUUAUGAAACCAGAAGAACGACCUCCAAUGGCUGUAGAACAUCAAAUGUAUGACUACAGACUGGUAGAAGAAGAACAAGAUGAUGAACUUUUUGCAAUUGUGUGUUGUCCUCAUUCGAUAGGUUAUGAGCGUGACAAAAUAGCUCUAGUUGAUUUGGAUCCAACAAGUGAAACAUUUUGCACAAUUCUGUCAGAAGUACAUCUAACUUCGAACGGAGAUGAACCAGGAAGAAUGAAUUGGGCGAAAUCUGCUGAAUCUUUAGGUGAAAUGAACAAAUUCGUUAGAAGAAAUAUCAUUGUUCCCUGUAUGAAUUCGGGGAAAAUAUAUGUGAUUGCUUUUGAAAACGAGAAAUUGUGGAUUGAAAAAGAAAUUCGAAACGAUGAACUCAUCCGGAAGGAUGUUUCGUGUCCUUAUGCAGUGAGAUCACUUCCACUAAAAGGAGCUCCGGUACAUGUUUCAACGUUAGGUGACAGAUUUGGAAAUGGAAAAGGCGAUUUUAUCCUCAUUGAUCGUAGAACUUGGGAAGUUCGGAAGAAAAGUGAGCCAACAUUUUCUGAUUAUGGCGGUGAUUUCUCCCUCCAACCUCGACAUAAUCUGAUGAUUUCUAGUGAAUGGGGACAUCCACGCUUGUUACGUGAUGGAUUUAUGCCCAGUGAACUUGAGAAUGUGUCAGAAAGUUUCGGAGCACGUCUUCAUGUCUGGCAGAUUAGUCCACCAAAGUUAAUUCAGUCGAUUAAUUUGGAUACUUGUGAUGGAAGUCUUGUGAUUUGUGUCAAAUUUCUUCACAAUGCUGACUGUAAUCAUGCUUUUGCGAUAUCUGCUAUAGGAAGUUCAAUUUUUCAUUUGCACAUGAAUACACUGACCAAAGAAUGGGCAGCUGAUCGAGUAGCUCAUGUUCCUUUACUAAAAGUAGAAAAUUGGCAAAGUGAUGAAAUGCCGGCUCUACUAACCGAUAUGAUAAUCUCAAUGGAUGAUCGUUGGCUGUAUGUUUGCGGUUUCUUACAUGGAGUUUUAUGGAGAUUUGACAUACAAGAUCCGUUUAGAGUUUCACUUCAUGGAAAGAUAAACCUUGGUGGAAUUUUCGACAGUUUUCCAGAAGUUCGAAUAAAAACCUCAAAUGCAAUGGAAGACCGUUGGUGGCUUCCUCCGGAGACUCGUUCUCUGCCACGUGGCACAAAAUUCCGUGGAGGUCCCGCAUUGAUGCAAUUAUCGAAAGACGGAUGCCGUCUUUAUGUUUGCAAUUCGUUUUAUAAAGCCUGGGACGCGCAGUUUUAUCCGGAGCUUAUUUCUGAUGGUGGACAAAUGAUCAGAGUGGAUAUUGUGGACGAUGAGAUGCAGUUGAAUGAGAAAUUUCUAAUUGAUAUGAAAGGACAACCAAACGGCCCAUUUGUGAUUCGAGACAUCAAAUUUCUUGACGGCGACUGUACGAGUGAUUCAUUUCUCUAA